AAAUAUUUAAUAAGUAUUCCAUUGUAUUCCCGUAAUAAAAAAGUAUUUCACUGUAUUAUUUUAAUAAAUAAAUUCGAAAUAUUUACAUUGAUUCUUAUAAUUUAAGGCAUAUCUGUGUGAAUAGUGUUAAUGAUUGAGAAGUGAGGGAUAUUUAUAGUGAGAGAGAAAGAUAAAGUAUAAAUAGAUUUGGAUGAUAUAAGAAACGAGUGUCUUGCACGUUUUAACUGUUUUUAGAGAAAGAGAAAGAAAUGAGAAGGUGUUAUGUUGUGUUGGAAGAAGACGAGGUGGUGAGUGAUAAUAACAUUUUCAUUCAUUAAUCCAUACAACACUCUCUCUCUUUAGAUUAGGUUUCAUUUUUUUCUCUGAUGCCCUUUUCUCUCUCUAAGCUCUACGGGAUUCCUCCUGAGAAACUCACCUCAGAAGGUCCUGUUCCUAUUCUAAGGGAAGGAAUUAUAGCAUGAGUUUGGCGGACCCAGAAUUCUUUGAGGAAGGUUCGGCUCUUCUUGAGCCUCCUGAUCCAGAUGUUGUUGAAAUUGACCCUACUUGUCGUUACCUUAGGUAUAAGGAAGUCAUAGGCAAAGGAGCUUUCAAGACUGUUUAUAAGGCAUUUGAUGAAGUCACUGGGCUUGAAGUUGCGUGGAGCCAAGUUCGGAUUGACGAGGUAUUACAAUCACCAGGUGACCUAGAAAGGCUCUAUUCAGAAGUGCAUCUCUUGAGGUCGUUGAAGCACAGUAACAUUAUAAGGUUCUACAAUUCCUGGAUUGAUGACAAGCACGGGAAUGUUAACAUGAUUACCGAGUUGUUCACCUCAGGGAGCCUCAGACAGUACCGUAAGAAACACAAGAAGGUUGACGUGAAAGCUGUUAAAGGAUGGGCGAGACAGAUUUUAAUGGGUUUAGUCUACCUCCACAAUCACAAUCCACCUAUUAUACAUAGGGAUGUCAAGUGUGAUAACAUAUUUAUAAAUGGUCAUCAAGGAGAAGUUAAGAUUGGAGAUCUGGGGUUGGCAACUCUCUUGAAGCAGAAUAAUGCCAAGAGUGUAAUUGGAACUCCGGAGUUUAUGGCGCCUGAACUGUACGACGAAGAUUAUAAUGAAUUAGCCGACAUAUAUUCUUUUGGAAUGUGCAUGCUGGAGUUGGCUACUUCUCAGUAUCCUUAUAGAGAAUGUAGAAACUCAGCUCAGAUAUACAAGAAAGUUUCAUCUGGCAUAAAGCCAGUUUCUCUUUCUACGAUCAAAGAUCCAGAAAUAAAAUCAUUUAUUGAGAAAUGUCUUGUCCCAGCAUCUCAAAGAUUAUCAGCAAAGGAGCUUCUGAUGGACCCUUUUCUUGAAGUGAAUUUUUCAGUAAAGAAUCGUCCUCUUCCAUUACCAGAUAUUGUUCUACCUAAAUUCGGAGGCUUUGAAAAUCGUUGUCUAAUGUCAGAAGGUCCUGCUAGUGCACGUAUUGGAUCCAGUUCAAUGGAACUUGGUGAUACCAAUGAGCAACCAGUGAUCACUGUAUCUUAUAAUUCUGUCGAUGAUGCACCACCUUCUCCAUGUGUUGAGAUACGAAGGUUGAUGGGAGUUGAUAGAUUUUUUCUCAAAGGUGAAGCAAAUGACACGAAUUCUAUAUCAUUAGUGCUCCGGAUAAUUGAUCAGGGUGGGCGAGCAAGAAAUAUCCAUUUCAUAUUCUACCUCGACAGUGAUACGGCCAUGUCAGUGUCAAGUGAAAUGGUUGAGCAACUUGAACUUGCCGAGCAUAAUGUUAAAUUCAUCGCCGAGUUGAUUGAUUUGUUAUUGACAACAUUGAUUCCUGAUUGGAAACCUUGUGUAGCGAUUGACCACUUAAUUUCUCCAAAUGGUAGACGAACUCAUAUGAGCCAACAGAAACAACUCUCACAAUUGGCAAAGUACAAACAAAACUCAAUAGAUUCUAGCCAAAUCAUGAGGGAAUAUGUAGGUCCCUCAACCUCACAUGAGAGAUUAGCUGAAAAAGAAAACAUUGAUAAUAUGAAUUUUGAAGAUGUUUUCUCCCAUGCAAGCAUUGGUCUUCAAAGAACAACAAAGACAGAUGAUUUGUAUUCUAUGACAUCAUAUACUUCAGCAACAUCUGACUACAAUGAUAAGAAUUUUUCUACAGUUUCAUUCAUGUCUGCUAGGUCAGGAUUCACAGACUUCAACUUUCCUACCGUAAAUGGGUGGGGGAGCCAAUCCUCGCUUGCAUCUGAAAUCGGGGCAUCCUAUGAUAAAAAGAGCAAGUUUCCAUGCAUGGAAAACAACAAUUAUCCCCUUAGUACUUCCUCAUUUCAUGAAGCUGAGGAUGAGUUAAGAAUAGAGUUAGAGAAGAUUGAACGACAAUAUCAAGAGGCAAUGAAAGAUUUAUGCAAAAGAAGACACGACGCCAUGAUGGAGACCAGAAAGAGGCUAUCACAAAAAAAUUCAAUCAUAGAAUAAUUUAAUUAGUCUUUUUAAAUUACCAUUUGUUUUUAUCUCUUGUUCAUAACCUUGGAAGUUACAACUGUAAAUAGUUUUUUGUGGAUGAAAAGGUUCACUUUUUAGUUAUUAUGGCAUGCAUUUUUCUUUGCCAAACAUAUAUACGACAAGGUUGAAUUUAGUAAUUUAGUUUGAUAUAAUUUUGUUGCUUA